AUGGAUUGUGGAGGCGGCUGCGCGGUGACUGGAUUGGAUUUGUGGGGUGACCUGGAUGGUAACUUCGACGGCCUGGCCAUGCUUCCCGAGUUAUCUUACUUGCAGCUUCUGAGUGCGAAUCUCGGAGGCAGCCUGCAGGACCUGCAGCACCUGAACAAGACUCGUUAUCUGACCCUCCACGGCAGCGAGAUCACAGGCAGCUUGCAGGACCUGCGGCACCUGAAGCGGAUUAAGGCGCUGAACCUCCUCAGCAGCAAGAUCACGGGCAGCUUGCAGGACCUGCUUGCAGGACCUGCAGUCCCACAAGAUUCAAUGGCUGACCCUCCACGGCAGCGAGAUCACCGGCAGCCUCUCGACAUUGCAGGGGAUGCGGAAGCUGGAGCGGCUGUCGCUGCACAGUCGCUAUAUCAACGGUACCCUGAGCAGCUUGGCACAGAUGGAUCGCCUCAAGGUGCUAUGCCUCUACAGCGGGGAGAUCAAAGGCAGCUUGGAUGA